AUGAAUACUUCGUUUGGUACUGCUGCAACCGCACCCAACUUCAGCUUCUUCCAGAAUAAUGUGGGUCCUACAACUGCAGGUAUGGAGCUGGGCAACAACGGAGGACGUCAAGUCGUUGAAUCUGAGCCGAAAUGGUCGGCAAAUGGGCUGCAACGCAAGAAGAAGGACAUGAGCUUACAGAGAAGGGCAGAUACGCGUUCCAGUUACAUCCAUGACCAUCUUGAUGUUGGUCCGCUAGCGAGAGAUCCGCAAAAUAUGGGGUUCGAAAGGAUUCAUCACGCUCCCAGAGAGAUACCAAAGUUUUUGAUUGGUCAACAGCCACAGUUGAAGCAGAAGGAGUUUGUUCAGGACCCAUGGGACCGGGCUAAUCAACAAAAGAUGUUGGAACUGGAGGCGAGCAUCGAAGACGUCGAUCAACUGUAUAAUGCUUUGAAGAAAAUGAGAGAUGUUGAGAGAAAAGUGAUGGAAAAGAAGGGAUUAGUCGAUAAAGCAGAUCUGGCGAAGGAUCUGACAGAGGCUAUCGCUUUCCAGGGGACUUGUCAAGAUAUGUGUCCGACUUUCGAAAGAGCAAGAAGGAACGUUGAGCACACGGUUUACUCGUAUGAGAAAGACGCACCAGACGAUAAGAAAGCAUCAAGGUUCAAGGCGUUGAAAGUUUUCGCCCGUCCAGCAGCAGCAGCGGCUCCUCCCUUGCCAUCUGAUGUGAGGCCGCCGCAUGUCUUAUCACAGACGCUGGAUUACCUCGUCGAUAACCUUCUGGUCACUCUACCGAGCAGCGAAGAAUUUCUAUGGGACCGAAUGAGAUCUAUACGACAAGAUUUUACUUACCAGAACUAUUCGGGGCCCGAGGCGGUGUACUGUAAUGAACGGAUUGUGCGCAUUCAUUUGCUUAUCAUCCAUGUCAUGGGGAGAUCCAAAGUAGACUUCUCUCUGCAGCAAGAGCUCGAACAACUACAUAAAGCUCUGAUUACAUUAGCGGAGAUCUACGACGAGGUGCGAGCGAUGGGCGGGACGUGCCCAAAUGAAGCUGAGUUUCGAGCGUAUGCACUGCUCAGUAAAAUCCGCGACCCGGAGUAUGACAAGAAUAUACAGGAACUACCACAAGAGAUUUUCCAAAACGAAUUGGUCCAAAUGGCGAUAUGCUUUAGACGAAUAGUUUCCAGUUCGAAUUUCAACGAGAGAGGCUACAUAAAGACUGAGAACUGUCUUAAUUUUUACAAAAGAUUUUUCCAGCUCUUGGUCUCAGGCGCGGUACCAUUUUUAAUGAGUUCAUUUAUGGAGUUAUAUGUUAAUGAGGUCAGAUUUUACGCUUUCAAGGCGCUUUCCCACUCUUUGAACAAAAGACAUAAAGCAAUCAAUCCAGACCAUUUGAUUGAUGAUUUUCUUUUUAACGACUACAAAGAGCUCGAGAGCUUUUGUGAAUACUAUUCCAUUACUCUAACAUCAGACGGUGUGGAUCUAAAAAGCUUACCCUAUCAGUCGCACAAAUUGGCUGAAAGGCAGCCGCUAAAGCAUGCCAUUCUUAAAUGUGUGGAUAAAAUGCUCGACCGUACAUCUUAUCCGGCAUUGAUCAAGGCAGAUCCAAAAAACACUAGAACAGGUAAUUAUAUUCAAGUUACUCACCAUCAGGGAGCUAGACCAGCCCACGCUAUAGUUACUGAAGAUGAUGUUAAGUCGGCUACGCCCACACUGCAAAACGCAAUUGUUUCAAGUGGUUCCGGUUUCCACAAGACAGCUGUACCGCAGCUGAAGACUGAAACAACCUUUUGGCAGUCGGUCAAUAAGGCAGAUCAUGCCAGUAACGAAACCCUUCCAUCAAAACUCGGAGCUAAUAAAAUCAUGCAGCCAGAUCAUUUGAAUGAUAAAUUAACGGAGACCAUAGAACGCAAGGCUACUCGUGAACUUGAGCAAAAGGAAGAGGAGGAACGUCUGGCGAUUCAAAAGAAGCGGAGGAGGAAAGCGGUUUCCUGGGAUGUGGCAGAAGGGCUUGUCAAGGAUGUCGUAAACAACCAAAUUUCAAGGUUGAUAGAGGAAACACUGCAGAAACAUACAGCAAGGGACAGCUAUAUAAAGAAACUGGCAAAAAGCCUGUAUCAUGCAUUUCUUCAUGAAAAGUUGUACCAGGUGUUCUUGGAAUCCAAGGCAGACGCUUUCCGACAUCAAAAGCUGGUCCUGAACAGCUGGUCAAGAUGGAAUUCUAAGUUUAAAUCAUUGCUCGCAAAAAGAAAACUUGAAGCAAAGAAAAAGUCAGAGCUUCAAGAUGUGGGGCGUCUGCUGGGGGUACCGGGCUUGAAAAGAUCGAAGCUAGCGGCUACUCCGAGAAGUGACAGCAUGUUUGCAUUUACUCUUCCAUCUUCAAGCAGCAAGAACUUGACAUUAUCGCCCAUUGUGGAUGAAGUAAACAAAUUCUCUGUUCAACAUGAGAAAAAGAAGGAGGUCUGGGAACCGUUCGACAUGGCAAAGAUAUAUCUGGAUAUUUUGGCUCAACGAUCUAAGCCUCCGGACAGCGUAUCCGCCGCCGAUAUUUUCAUAUAUGGUAAUAACUGGUCCGCGAUUUCAAACUCCUGGAUAAUGGCCAAAUUCAAUGUCUCAGAUAGGAAAGUCCCUGUCACCGUGCACAGCAGCCGUCUUGAUAUGAAAAUCCAUUGUAUUGAUGCAAAUUAUAAUCCUGCUCUCUUUAACAACGUCCAGUUACUGGUAUUCAACACAGGCGUUACGGACUCAAACAUCUUCGAUCUUGAAAUGAAGUUGCGGCAAGACGGCGAAGAAUUGAUCAAAUUGAUCACUGGAAUAUCAUUAAACACCAAUAUAUGCUUCAGCAUCAUGCUAUUGUACUGGGAAUCCGCCGAAACACCACUUCACGACUCUACCAUAUACAAGUGUUUGAGGAUCAAUCGCAUUCUCAAAGGCUACAACAGCGUUAUCCAAGACGUAAAAAUUGUCAACAUCACUGGCAGUGCUCCUGAAAAGGAGCUGGAAAAUGCACUCAAGCAGAUGGCAGAAAGAUUUCAAUUUAGGCUUACAGAUCGGGGCAAAUACCAUGUGUCUCUGUUAAAACGUCGCUCUUUGGCAGGAGUACCCAAUCAAAAAGCUCCCCCAGAGCCUUCGAACGACAUAGACAGAAAAAUGAGGAAGAUGCUUGAACAGGAGCAGGAUAAACGGAAGGAAGAUCCCGACGCAAGAAACACAUAUGCCCAUCUGAGAAGCCACCUAGCCGCUUCCCCCAGAAUGAAUAAAAGGAAACUGCCCGUACUCCUCUCGAAGUCGAAAGAACGCCCUUUCAGGACUCCAUUAGCUACACGGUCCCUCUCUUCGUCAUCCCCAGCAGUGGCCUCGCAUCUAGCAAUAAAAGUCAGAGGAGAGCCUCGCCGCCAUCAAUCUGUUGCGCCAGGAACACCCAGCUACUGUACCAAUCUCUCUCAUCUUCCAGUGGUGUCCAAUUCAUCGCUUCUGGCUCAACAUCCAGAUUCGGCAGCCAUGUCCAACACGUCAUUGGAUGGCCCUGCACUCAUACGCGAACCAGCGCUAUUCCGAACGCCCGUGAACUCUACAACUACGAACCAAAUGAAUUCUAACGACUCUAUGGCGCUAGAUCGCGCCGUUCCAGAAAGCGUCCUGGAACUAAAAGCUCUCAUAGAAUCAGUCAAGAGGAAAGUGAACAACCACUGA